AUGCUCAAACCCUGUUUAACUUCUCAACCCUUGAUUUGCCUUGAACCUGCUGCUCUUCAGGUGCUCUUGCAUGACUAUCCCGAGUUCCUGGCCGACUAUCACCAUGCCUUCUGUGAUGUCAUCCCAUGGCAAUGUGUCCAGAUCCGCAACUUGAUAUUGGCCGCGUUCCCACAGAACAUGAAGCUGCCUGAUCCCUUCACGCAGAACCUGAAGGUGGAUACUCUGCCGGAGAUCAAGAUGGCGCCGGUGAUCCACUCCACCUACAUGUCCAAGAUGAUGAUCUCAGGCUUGAAGGCGGAUGUUGACCAGUACAUCCGCACGAAGGACAAGACACACUUGAAGACCAUCCUCCAGAAGCUCCUCCUUGAGGAUCAGAAGCUCGCGAUCGACAUGGGAACGAAGUACAACGUUUCUUUGAUGAACGCGCUGACCCUCUACACUGGUGCGAACUGCAACCUCUUCCAGUCAGCCAAUUCGCAGACGGCCAGAGCCCAGACGCAGGCCUUCCCGCCGUCAACCCCGAGUCUAGAGAUCUUCUCCUACCUGCUGGAGAACUUUGAUUCGGAGGGGCGAUUCCUGCUGUUCACCACCAUCGCCAACCACUUGCGGUUCCCCAAUCAGCACACGCACUGCUUCAGCUGCAUCGUGCUCUGGCUUUUCCACGACACGACAAUUCCCGAGGUGCGGGAACAGAUCACUCGUGUGCUCCUGGAGCGGCUCAUCGUGCACCGGCCGCACCCAUGGGGGCUGCUAAUCACUUUCAUCGAGCUCAUCAAGAAUCGGCGGUACAACUUCUGGAAUUAUCCGUUCGUGUGUUCCGCGCCAGAGGUCCCGGAAGCCUGUGCAAAGAAACAGAGAGCGAGAGAGAACACCGGCGAAGAGACACUAAGUUCUUCGAAGAUGUCAAACGACAAGGCCCUGCAGGAGCGUCAGCUGGUCGUCGAGCGCAGCUUGAAGAAAGCCAUCGAGGACUCGAACAACGAAGUCGCUCGUGUGCAGCAGAGACGGCAAGCGAAAGCAGAAGCGGCAGAGGAAGAGAUGACACGGCUCACGGUGAGCCUGCAGCAGUCCCUGCAGGAUCGCCACGUGCUAGAGGCCAAGCUUCGGGACCUGCACCGGUCCGCCUCACGGCUCGCGCUUCAACGUCAAGAGAAAGAGGAUGCGGCAGAGGCCCUCAGUCAGGAGGUCCGAUCAAAAGCUGACGAGUUGGCAGAGGGCCAGCGCCGGCUGGCCGCUGCCCGCUCGGAGAAGGAGCAGCUGGUUUUGCUGCUCUCUGAGCAGCAGAGCACUCUGCAGCGCUUGGCGCAGGAAGCUGCAAGGGACACAGCCGAAGCGGAUGCAGUGCAGGCCGAAGCAGCCGAGCUCCGCGCGAGGGCGGCUGCAGAGGCUCGCGACGACUUGGAUCUCAGCCGCGCCGACAUGAUGCGGCGCCGCUGCCUGGUGCGAAGAGCCUUCUGCACCUUUCGGUCACAUGUUCAGGCAAUCAAGUUGGAGCAUCUGCGGCAGCAGCGACGGAGGAUGAUCUGGCUUCGAAAAACGAUGCCAGGGAUUCUCCGGAUUUGGCGCCGACACACGAAGGCUUUGAUGCGGCAUCGACGGCGCAGCGUUGUUGCUGCUCGUCGUACGCGGGAGGUGGUCCUGGCUGCAUGGCGUCGGGCACUCACCGAGGCUCGCUUCCAACGCCGCCACGCCCCAGCAGCCGAUGCUCUUAGGCGAAGGCGACUACAGAGAUAUGGCUUCCUUUGCUUCCGGCAAGCCUCCGCAGCAGUGAGGGCGCAGGAGCACUGGCCACAUCGGCGGCGCCUUCUUGCGCAGCUGCUGUAUACUUGGCUCCAGCUCGGUGCUGCCGGCGCCGCCGAGCGACUCCGCCUGGACUGGGCCGCCAAGAGGGCUGCGCGGCGGCGGCUGCAAGGAGCCCACAAUGCCUGGAAGUCUGCUACAGCAGCUUCAGCAUUGCAAAGGAGGCGGAUGGGAGCUUCCAUUCGCAAUCACAGGCGGUCGACCUGGUUCAGACAGUGGAGCAAAGCCGCUCGAAGGAAGCGGUUGAGUGCUACUCCACUCCACUUCGGCGGAACGCGCCGCUGGUGGAUGCGUCGGGUAUUUCGCGCUCUUCGCAUCCACAACUUCGCUGUCCAGUCCAAUCGGUUACGUCAAAGCCGAAGCCUCCGGCACUGCUUCAGAAAGCUGAGAGCCUGGGCAAGGGGCCUUCGUGACUUAAAGGCCAAGCGAGCGCUGCGCGAAGCGCGUGCGGCGCGUGCAUUGGUGAUGUCCAGGCUGCUACCGGCAUGGCGCCAGACUGCUGCAAAGUUGGCGGUCCGGCGCCGAAAUCACGCCGCCUUCCGGAGCGGCUUCCUGCAGAGAAGGCUGCGCCACUGGCAUUUGUGGAGCCACCGUCGGCGCUGCGUCACAGCCUGGAGAGACCGGCGGGGCUGGGAGCAGCGCGAGGCGGCCUUUCAGCUGCUCUCGGGCCUGGCGAAAGCGAGGGGUUGGAGGCGUGCCCGAAUUUCGGCUCUGGCACGCCGGCGCCGCUUCCAGGAGCUGCGCACGCUCUGGGGCGCCUGGAUGCGACUUCUUGUCGCUGUUACGCAGCGUUGGAAGGUCGAAGCAGAGGAGUCGAUGCAGGCAGAAGCAGAGUUGCUGCUGGUGGCGCAACGUCGGGCCAUCCUCGAGGAGAACGUUUGGCCCUCUUCGAGGAUGAACGAGGAGCUAAAGAGCGAGCUUUGUCAGGCCAAAGCCCGCCUGACUACCGAAGAGGAGGCCGUUGCAUCCAUGGCUUCGGAGUGGGAGACUCUCCAGGAGUCCGUUCUUCAACGACGCUCGGAACUUCAGGAGGAGCUCGCGGCAGCACUUCGGGUGCCAGACGAGCUACGCGCAGCUUGCCGCCGUGCGGAGGAAGAGGCCUCUGCCCUGGCGCGCUCCGAGCGCCUGGCGCUUCGCCGAGACCUGGCUUUGCAGUCGGCGCUGCGGGAAGGUGCGGAGGAGGCAGCAUGGCGACUGGAGGUGCAGGAGCGAGAGGUUCACCGUUUGCGCAGGGGCCGACAGUCAGAUCUCUCCAUCCAGCUGCUGAGUUUCGAGGAUUCCCUAGACUUCGCAUUGUCCUACCAGGGCUCAUAG